AUGUCGAGCGAGAGACACCCAAGCAUCGACUCGCCCAACGGUGCGCCGCAGCCAAGCAGCCACGCCAGCCGCCCCUCAGCCGGCGGCGCCCCAACUCCAGCCCCCCGGUCGUGCGUCACCUGCCGCAGGCGCAAAGUCAAGUGCGACAAGAACAACCCGUGCUCCAACUGUGUGCGGGCCAAGAUCGAAUGCAUAUUCCCAGGACCCGGCCGCGCCCCCCGCAAGAGCAGGAAGCCGUCCGACGCAGAGUUGCUCGAGAGGCUGCGACGCCUCGAGGGUGUCGUCAUCAGCCUGAAUGCCCAGGUCGAGGGCCAUGAACACGACGCAGCAGACCGCGACAAGCAGCGCCAGAGCAGCGCCGGCCUCGACAAUCGCCUGUACCACAAGACGGCGGCCGGGCCUACUGCACAGGACGGCGACCAUGGCGCCAUCAACGACAAUGUAGAUGGCCUGGAGAGCCGCUUUGGACGACUCGUCAUAGAAAAGGGCCGCAGUCGCUACAUCAACAAUAGCUUCUGGGCAAGCCUGAACAAUGAGGUCGAAGAUCUCAAAACAAUCCUCAUUGAGCCCUCUGAAGACGAGGACGAUGCGCAUUCGCCCGAAUCCAUCAACACGUCCUUGCACUACCCAGGCUUCAUCUUUGGCUUCAGCUCCUCCAGUGUCGACAUCCAAGCACUGCAUCCUCCCGAACACCAAGCCCGUCGGCUCUGGGACGUCUUCAAGGACAAUGUAGAAUCCCUGGUCAAAGUCUUGCACGUCCCUUCAAUGGAACCCACCAUUUUGAGUGCUUUUGCCAAUAUUGAUAAAGUUGCCAAGGGCCUGGAGACUCUGCUGUUUGCAAUCUACUAUGGCGCCGUGACCAGUACUCCCAACGAAGACUGUCUACAGCAAUGGGGUGAAGAACGAAGCGUGCUCCUUAGCAGGUAUCGCUUUGGUCUGGAACAAGCUCUGGCAAGAGCAAACUUUCUGUACUGCGAUGAGAUGAUCAUACUGCAGGCCUUUGCCAUUUUUCUUGUCGUGCUACGCCGCAACGACGAUGCGCGCAAGAUAUGGACAAUGAUGGGUCUAGUCGUCCGAAUGGCGCAAGCGCUUGGCAUCCACCGAGAUGGCACUUACUUUGGCUUGUCGCCAUUCGAGACUGAAAUGCGAAGACGGCUUUGGUGGCAAGUCUGUAUUUUGGAUGCAAGAUCCUCCGAAGACCAUGGCUGUGAUCCCACCAUUGCCGAGGCAUUGUUCGACACCAAAAUGCCCCUCAAUAUCAAUGAUGCCGAUAUUAAUCCUGACAUGACUGAGUUUCCUCCCGAGCGCCAAGGCUUCACCGACAUGACUUUCUGCUUACUCCGCUUCGAGAUCACGGAUAUGAUGCGUCGCAUUACAUACGCACCUACGGCCGUGAACAAGUGCAAUGAGCAUUUUGCCCAUCUUAGCAUUAAAGAGAAGGAAGAAUGGAUUACGGAGUGCCACCAGGCCCUCGAGGUAAAGUACUUGAAAGAUUGCGACAUGACGAUGCCAAUGUGUUGGGUCUCGGCAACAGUAGCAAGAUUGAUUGUGAGUAAGGUGUGGUUGAUCAUUUAUCACCCACAUCAGCGCAAGGAUGGAGGUUGGUGUGUCCUGGAUUCUUUGCAUGAGCCAGCCAUUGACUUUAGUGCAGGCGCUACACUACCACAGGAAACCAGAGACAAGCUCUUCAUAACGUCGCUCGAGAGUCUGGAAUACGGCGUACUGCUCGAAACCGAGGCCCGCACUAUGAAAUGGGGCUGGCUAUUUAGGACGUACGUUCAAUGGCACGCCAUCGCAUUCUUGCUAUCGGAACUGUGUGUUCGCACCAAAGGCGAGGCUGUAGAGCGUGCAUGGAGAGCAUUGGAAGCCUCUGCCAGUCGGUGGUUCCCCUUCACCCAAAGCUCCUCACACCGCAAAGACAGCAUGGGCAAUAUCGGCACUCUGUGGAGACCGCUUGGGAAAUUACUCGAGAAAGCAAAGGCAGCCCGUGAGCGCGAACUCGUGCUUGAACGGGCGUCUAUAGCCUUGCGAAGUGGGCCAUAUCCGGCCAACGCAUUCGCCUUUGAACACUACAAGCAUAUGCAACAACAGAGCAAAAUACCGCUCAUGGCAUCGAAUCAGCAGACCAUGCAAGCUGUCGAUGGCAUGCUUCAAGGCCCUGUACCCAAAGUUGGUGAUUUACCCAGUAGUAGGCUUCCGGGUUGGCCCAACAGUCCUGGUCAGUCGCAAUGGGGCAAAGUGUCGAUGCAGAGCACUUGGGGCUUGCAAAUGCAGCACAGUCUACCAAACGGGGCUGUGAGUGGAGUGCCGAAUGGUAGUGGAGAAGUGGAUAGCCAGGGCCAGGACUUUGGGCGCCUGCUUGAGUACCAGCGUCUUGACGAUGUUCUUGGCCAUGUCAUGGAAGAUGGAUCGCUCAGCUUCGAGGACGAGACUAAAGCGACUAGAUGCGCAACCAAUGUAUCGCCCACGAUGACUUCGCCGACAUGUGGGCAUAUGCCGACCACUCAAGUGCUUGCUCCAAAUAAUGCAUCAACGGCUGCGGGCGGAUACCCACCUUUUGACGAGACUGCGUUUGUAAAUACGAACAUGGACUGGGGCAUUUGCACUGAUGGUGCUCAGGGAAUGGCAAGUCCGAACGGGAAGGCACAAGACGGUGGGGGGGGAAAUGAGGUAAUGGAGAAUGGCGAGAUGGACUGGACACUCUGGGACGACAUGGUCAACCAGUUUGGGAUCGAGGGGAAUGCGGCGAAUCCUGGCAGUUCAGGCGGGCCAGGGCCACUUGGCAUGGUGCAUUGGUUGUAG